AUGCAGCGGCGUUGUGGGGUUCGCCGGCGUUCCGCCCGGCUGCUAGCACUUGGAGGAGGCGGACCGGAUCUCAUCAGCGCGCUCCCCGAAGACCUGCUCCUCCUCAUCCUCGCCCGCCUCCCCUGCGCCAGCGCCGCCGCGCGCACCGGCCUCCUCUCCCGCCGGUGGCGUAGCCUCUGGCCCCGCCUCCGCCAGAUCGUCUUCCGCGACGUCCCGCUCCGCUCGCUCGAAGCGGUGCUGGGCCGCCUCCCUCGUCCCCCGCCCGUUGUUUGCCUCCUCCACAUCCGCGUCCCCAAGUGCGUCCCCAAGGAGCAGCGGGCCGACGAGGCCAGCGUCAAGUCGCUGCUCCGCGCCGCGGCGCUGCUCGAGCCGGAGAAGUUCGUCUUUGAGCUCCCCUCGGAGUUAGUCGCCGGCUCCCUCGUCGUCAACCUGCCCCUCUUCCACCGCGCCACCUCCAUCGUUCUGGACCUUCGCUCCGUCUUCCUCCGGGUGCCAGCCGGCGCCGAGUUCACCGCACUCGAGGCGCUGUCCCUCUCCUACUGCACCGUUGGCAUUGGCCGCUUGCUCUCCUGCUGCCCGCGCCUGCGCAAGCUCUGCCUCGCCAGGGUUUCUUUCAAUAAGGGCGACCUGACGGUCAAAUCGUCGUCGCUGCAGGAGCUUCUCCUGGAGGGCCAUGGCGAGCAGGAGGGCCAAACUAUCGACAUCGAAACCCCCGCGCUUAAGCAAUUAAUCAUAUCCUUUUCCACUCCGGAUGACAUUUCCGUCUUGGCACCCAUGGUGGAGAUGGUUUGGUGGAACUGCUACUUCAGGGUGCAUGUUAUGUUUGAUCUUUGGCGACUCCAGCAGGUGACACUAAUGACGGCAGAGGGACAAGGACAGCUCUGUUCGCUGCACAUCGAUGCUUACGCCAGACUGUCUUUUUUUCACGGUAAAAUGGACGCCUUUACUGAGGAGAUAGAGAAGCAUAUGAUUGUCAAGUUUUCUGUUUUGGAGCUACGUCUCGCAACAAACGGACAUGGUUUUGGAGCACUCGUCUUUCAUCUCCUAGGGAUGAAUCGAAUUCGUCGUGCUACGCGGAGGCUCAGGAUCGCCCUAGAGAAAACAAUGGUGAAUGAAGAAUGCCCAUUUGAUUGUCCUUGUGAACCCGAGGGCUGGAGAUCAAACACCAUAUCCUUGACUGCUCUCGAAGAAGUGGAGAUCAAUGGCUUCGGAGGAGAUGAUCAUGAACAUGAGUUCUUGAAGCUGAUAUUUAAAUGUGCGCCAAUGCUUAAAAGAAUGAUUGUGAAGCUGUCAGACGAGGCCUCAUCAAGUAACUAUGGAUGCACAGAAGUAUACAACAUCUUCAAGGCUUGUUCUUCUGUUGAAGUCUAUGUUUAUCUUAGCUCCGGAUUAAUGCUCGGCUGGCAAAAUUGCCCCUUGGAAUGAUUUCCAUGGUUACCUCUGUAUCUGUAGAAGGACAAGUUAUGGGCUGUGCAAUCUCGAU